CGCAGAGGCCGCGGAGCAAAAGCUGCAGGUCUUGAAGGAGGAGAUGGAGGCUAAGGUGGCCGCCGCGGCGCAGGAUAACGACGCCACCCGCGCUUUGGAGGUGCAGUUGUCGGAGCUGCGUGCGGAGAAGGAGCAGUUCGAACAGAAGUUGAACGAGGAAAAGUUGAGGCACAACGAUGCCAAGGUGCGUAUCGAGAAGGCGGAGUCCGAGGCGCGCGAUCUCUCCAACAGGUCGAACGAGCAGCGCAGGAUGAUCAAGGAACUCGAGGAGGCCAUGCAGGAGCAGCAGGUGCUGAGCGCUCGCGGCGAGGAGGAUGAGGCUUAGGAG